GAUGCAGCUGAUCCUCUUCCCUUGUGUUGUCGUGCUGUGCUGUUCUGGUUUCCGUUUCCUCACACGUUGGACCCCUCCCCCUGGCGUCACGCAACCCGACCUGCAGGUGAACAGUUCAUUAUGCAGCGUUUCCCUUCUGGCAGCACUCACACACGCCCAGACUGCUUUUAGGUUGCACAAUGGUGCGCUUUGCUGCGAUCAAGAGCCCACAAUGCGCUCCGUACUCUCAGGCGAGUGUGCAUGCAGACGCGACCGUGGACGAGAGGAUGAGUUGAACAGGCGGCAGCUUCGUGGGCGUGAAGCUCUUACAGGCAUCCUCAUGGUAAACCUGACAUGUGUAAGCCAGGUGAGACAGUAACCUGAGAGUCCAUCCUGAGGGAAAACCAGGAUGUGUCCCAUCGCGUCCCAACUCAGAGGCAACCCUGCAGCUGUCACCUUACUCCUCUCCCUGUGUCUCGGCUUCCCUCCUCGGGCGCUGCCUUGCCCGAGUAGCUGCCUUUGUGCAAGUGAUAUUAUUUCCUGCAGCGGGUGCAAUCUGUCAGCGCCGCCCUCCGACCUCCCCGGCUAUGCCACGCGCUUAGACCUGAGCCACAAUUCUCUCGCUGUGCUGCCCGCUGAUUGGAUAAACCGGACGUUUGAGCGCCUGGCCACGCUGGUCCUCAGCCGCAAUCGUAUCGAGAAAAUUGAGGCGAAUGCCUUCUCGUCCACGCCGCAUCUCCUCCACUUAGACCUCUCAUCUAACAAGCUAUCAGUGCUCAACGCUUCCAUUUUUACCGGUCUGGAGGACCUGAGGGAGCUGCUGCUGUUUGGCAACCAAAUUGUCCACAUCCUUCCCAACACCUUCAGUGGCCUCCAAAGCCUGGCGAAGCUCUACCUUUCUGGGAACAAGCUGACGUCACUCCCUUCAGGUCUUGGGGAUGGCGAAGGGCCUCUCAACUUGACCUUCCUUGACGUGUCCUCCAAUAGGCUCUCCAGUGUGCAUGUUCACACACUGCUUGCUCUAAGCCAACAUGGUGGAAUUUAUUUGCAAGGGAACCCUCUUGUAUGUGACUGCGCUUUGCUGGCUUUGUUGGAGUACUGGACGUGGGCGCAGUAUCGCCCCCUGUUGGACUUCCGAGAUGAAUACCCAUGUAGGGGCUCAACUCUCAAUUGCAGCCUGGGGGAAGAGUCAUCUGAAGGUGGAAGCUACCAAGUGGAUCCAGGUAAAUGGUUGUUGUUGACAUGUCCCGGCUUUGCACCACUUCCUAUGAAGGAUGCCGCCGUCUUCUGGGUCACCCCCACAACUGUGCUCAAUUCAUCAACGCAAAAUCCCAACGCUCACCUCGCCGUCCUCCCCAACGGCAACCUUGAGAUACGAGGAGCUUUAAUGGAGGAUUCUGGCUCGUACACAUGCGUAGCGCCACGUGGGCGUCGCUAUGACCCCACCGAGUCUCCAGAGGUCACUGUGAUCGUGGGAAACACAAGCACCGUCGCUUCCAGCGGCUUGGCCCAUCGUAGCGGAACUGAACACUUCAACACUGCUUUCACCACCCUGGCGUCCUGUGUGGUCAGCAUCAUACUGGUGCUGCUAUACCUGUACCUGACGCCGUGUCGAUGCACGGGGAACAGGGGCGGGGGAUCGAGAGGUUGUGGCGGGCGAGCUAUGAUGCUCUGCUCAGACCCCAGGGAAGUUGAGUCAGGACAAAGGAGGUCCAACGGGAAAAGGGUGGCGUUCUUGGAGCCGCAAGGAGAGGACGCUGAUACGGGUGUUGCAAAAUCACCGGUCAUGAGUCAUGGCACCACAGAGGGCAUUCUUAAAAAUGGAAGCAGGACAGUGGGACAGACCCUCACAGACACAACCCUCGUGGUAUAACAAAAAAACUGAAUACAAGGUCAUGGAUUGCUAAAAAUGUAGUCUACAUUUCACUCAUAUCCAGAAUCUGUAUGGAAAUACGAUGGAUAACAUAGGAAGAGAUCACAAAGAUGAUUGAAACGUGGGCGGUGGAGCGUUCACACUAGAUAAGGCGUAAAAUUGGUAAAGUCUGUCUGACUAUUGUUAGGUAUGCUGUGAGAACACCAACGUAUUGUAUGUGUGAACUCAACCAAAACCUUGAUGUUUUCCUGAUCAAACUGUUUCCGCUACACUGACAAAGGAGCAAUUGAAGGUGGCUUUGGCUGCUUUAAUACAUUAUGUAGCUCUAUACUUCAUCCAUGCACAUUUAUAGCUUUAUAAUAGCGUAUACUUGUCUUGUGAGAUGUGUUGGCACCAGAAUAAUGAAGGUGAGUGUAAGGAAACAGACCUUAAAAAGGUCAAAGUGCACACUUAAACAUGAUGAACACCACAGUUGCUGUAUGUAAUAUCAUCAUUAUGUAAAGCAGGGGUGCCCAAUUUGAGUGAACUGUUGAUAAAAUAAAUAAUAACACCAAACUAUCUUUAAAAUCUAUACAGUAAUCCCACGUUUAUCGUCGUUAAUUGGUUCCAGAAGUGCAGCGAAGUAGGAUUCCUUCUUGAUAAAUGGAAUGUUUACAUAGUUGGAGCAUAGAAAACCUGUUUACCACCUUCAAAAUACGUUUUUUUGGAUCAUUAGAGCCCUCUAGACAUGAAAAAACACAGCUAGAGUCACUUUUACACUCGCAUUACCCAAUAUAGUAGACAUCAUAAUAGAUAAUAGGACAUCUUAGACAUAAAUAAGAUAUAACAUAGACUCACGUUAGUUGUCUUCCUGUUAGUUCAUACUUCCUGUGUUGGCUAUUGCCUCAUCAAUGUAAUGUUACUGGCAACUAGUAUGUCUGUGGUUAAAAAGAGCCUCAUGGUGCGCUUCCCUCACUUUUUUUUAACAAGCAGUGAACAGCCACACAGGAGCUGCUGUCGGCCACAACUCACACCAGUCACUCGCAAACUUCACAGUGCUAACACUCACUUCCCAAGCCCCGCGCCUUAAAAGGCGUACACAGCAGGACACAGAUAUUACACUACAGAUCAUGCCUUCUGAAUUCCUUAUAGUAUUUGUAGGCUAAGAAUACAUAUGUACUAAUUGCUUAAAUAUGCAUAUUAUAUAAUAGGCAAUGUUCGAUCAUUAAAAAAACUGUUUGUAAAACUAUGCGAACCACCAUGUAGCGAGGGACGACUGUAUAAACCUUUUUGUUAGGCUUUUACAAAAUAAAAUUACACACAAUGUCAAAGUAGCCCCGCAUCCUUUCAUUUUUCAGUGUGCGUCCCUCAGGGGACACCCCCCACAUGUCAACUGAUGAUCAAACUGUUCCAAGUAUUGUACCCAUUUUGUCAGUUUAAAAAAAAAUAUAUAUAUUAAAGAUUCAUCCAUAUGAAGUGAUUGAGGGAUUCCACCGCAGGAUGAGCAUAAAAAUCUAUCCGUUUGCACUGUACUGUAGUGUUCCGCAAAAUCGAGUGCCCAAUCAACGUGCCCUGCGUGUUGCUGAUGCACCGUUCAUGCAUUUUUUUUUAUUGACUUCAACUCACCAUGGGGCCAAAUAAAGUUGGCAGCGCCGGCAAUUUGAUAGAAAAGGUGAGAAACACUGUUCAAUUCGAUCUCCUUGGGAUGUAUGGGAAUAUUAUAAUUAUUUUUCCAUUGUUUUCUGCAUGUAAAACUCAAACUAGUCAAUAAGUAUUUUCUUUGAAAUUUAUUAUUUGCUAAUAUUUUCGAAAAUAAUUGGAUUAACGUUUAUUUUUGUGAAUUUCCUCAGCAAGAAAUUACAGUGGAAUUUUGAUCACCGAAGUGAAGGUCUAACUUUAGCUGAAAAAAAAACAAAUACAAUUUUAAUAUUAAAAAAUAAUGUAAACUCAAUUAAUUCGGAAAGACUAUUUUGUAUAUUUUAGCUAAUAUGAUGCUAACAAGUAUGCUAACAACAAAUUAAAAAAAUAUACAUGAAGCACACGUUGGACUCACGCAACAACAUGUCUUAUUGUAAGCUAACCGGAGAAGAAGGCAAAAUUGUCAUACAUUUUCAACACUAACCGAGUUUCUACUGUAAUUCUAACCUUUUUGAAGAAAUGAAUAAUGUAAACAGAGGUUCCACCGUGACAGGAAGUUUACAGAAACUAAUUUAUGAUGUGUGAUGCCGUCUUUCACCUAAUGGAGUGUCCAGGGAGUCAUAAAAAUAUAUAGUGAUGCUUUUUGCUAAGAAUGACGACUAAUACUUGAAGCUAUUUCAAAAGAAUCAACCCAGUCGCUUGCUUUAUUUAGAAUAUGAACCAAAAAAAGUCGACUUUGAUCACUCUCAUUGAUGGAUAAAAAUAGUGAGAGUGUCACAAGUGAAGAAUUGUGAAAAGAAGUGGCCUGUGAACGCCUCACAAAGCAGGAGGCUGUGGAGUAAAGUGUCAUUCAGUCAGUGUCACAGAAUUAGAAAAGCGCUGACCCACAUACUCCCUUUGUCUGUUAUUUUUAGACGUGCGGUGUCAUUUCCAAGGUGCCCAGAAGCGUGAUGUUGUUUUCCUUGCUCGUCCACACUGCAUUGUUUUCAAAUAAAACGUCUGCUUAGGCAGGUUGAAGGCAUGACAUGUUUUGUUUUGGGGUUGUUGUUUUUUUUUGUCAAAAUGAAAAGUAGUGUUACAUCAGAAGGAUUUAAAGCAUGGCAAAUAACCUCUUAGUGAGUCAGCAAAUCACAAUUUCCCCAAAAUCCUCUUAUGGCCUUUUCAUUUGUGAGUAAAAAACUGAAACCUUAAAGCCUAUUUUUUGCACGCUUCCCCUUGCCCAAACCACUUCAGAUGAUUGUACCGCCGUUUCGGUGGCAGGGAGGACAAAUAAGGAGCCUUUUUUCCGGUGACAGAGAAAUUGGCUGGUGCUGAUGGAUCCCAUCGGGACCAAUCUGAGCACCUUACCAUUUGGAAGGACGAGGUGUUAUUCUCACACUAACAUGAUGACUUUUCAUGAAGCGACGCAAGUUUCCUCUCAUUACAUUGGACAUCAUUAAAAACAGUAAAUCAUUCUUUCAUGUCAGUGUAGUA